UUCUUCUUUGCACGCUCAACUUCCCGAUCCUCAUUUGCCUGAGUAGUGGUGAAGUAGUAGGAGAUAGAGCUAUUCGGAGGAUUAUGGCUUUAACUUUCAUAGCCGAAUCGGCGGCGUCGGCAAUCAUUGAGAAUCUCGUUAGCACUUGCUCAUCCUACCUCGAGGCAUGCCCGGCAGCCUGCGGCAUGCAAGACGAGCUCGAAAGGCUGCAGCACACACUUCCGCAGGUCCAGGCAGUCUUGACUGCGGUCGAGGGGGGUGCACCGGUCAUGGUGCAGAACAAGGCGCUGGAAACGUGGCUGUGGCAGCUCAGAGACGCCGUGGAGAAUGCGGAGGACGUGCUCGACGAGCUGGAGUACUACGAGUUACAGAAGACUAUACAAGAUCGAGAUGACAAGCAAGAACAUUUUCAGGCUCUUGAAAGCUUAGUCAUCAGACACUGUAAGAAGAUCGAAUAUGUUCCAUCGGAGCUUUUUGGGAAAUUCAAAGCCAUGAAAACCUUGCACAUAGAAAAUUGCCCGAAGUUGACAAAACGUAGGAUCUCAGACAUCGAACUGCCCUCUGUACUCGGUCAUCUCACUAUUUGGUCAUUUGGCGACCUCGAGGUGCCACUGCUGUGGUCAGCGGAUUUAACCUCUCUUAUAUGGUUGGAAUUACUCGAUUGUGCAAGUAUAGCAUCCCUUCCCCCGGCACAAGUGUGUGCACGGUGGACGAUGCUUUCCCGCUUAGACAUAAAGAACUGCAAAGAACUGUCAUCAUUUGGUGGAAUACAAGCUCUCGUAUCGCUCCGUUCUUUAGAUAUUGAAGGGUGUGACAAGCUAAUUGAAGUUGCCCUUCUGCUGCAGCCUCCGUUCCCAAACGAUGUCGGCCAAAAAAAGAAUACAGUACUGGACUGCUUUUUGAAGAAUGGUUUACUAUCAAUUGACCACCACGCGCUCCUGCUCAUGGAGCCAUUGAGAAGUCUCUCCUCCGUCUGCUCGUUGACUCUCUCUGAUGCUUCGCGACUCGCCUCCUUACCUGAGGAAUGGCUACUACAAAAUCACGCUGCCCUCGAACAAUUAUGCAUACGGAAUGCACGCUCCCUUCAGUCCCUACCCCGCAGCAUGACAAAACUGUGCUCCCUCGUCAUUUUGGGUGUGGAAGAUGCUAAUCUCAUCCAGUCACUUCCAGAUCUGCCUACUUCACUGCGUUGUCUAGUCAUCAACAGCUGUCACCCUGUGUUGAAGGAGCGAUGCCAAGAGAAUAUAGGCCUUGAUUGGCCCAAGAUUGCCAACAUCCGUUACGUGAGGAUUACAUAGCAUUAUUUGCAGAUCGUGAUGAUGAUGCAUAUUAAUUGUUGUAUCCACUUUCCGGGGCAAAUUUGACAGACACUCCGUCGAUAACACUUAUACCGACAUUUCACCGUAAAAUGAAAAUGAGGCCUACACUGCAGCAGGCAUCAACUUGCAACCACGUCUUUCAGCUGCUUGCUUUUUCUUUCUUUACGAUUUGCCAAAACAGAAAAAAAAUUAAUUUCCUAAUGCAUUGACGACAGAAAAGCACACUCAAAACUCAAACAGACCGACAACUGUUGCUGAUGUUCAGUUCAGUCUUCAAUCUCUGUAAGGUUGGUUUUGAUUCAAAUUUUCUGUCUACGCUCCUUUGUGCAGUUCCUUAUUUUUCGAACUGUUGUUUUCACAGACAUAAAUUUUUUUUUUUUUUUGAGGUAAAAUUCUAAUGAGACCUCUGCAACUAUACGCCAUUGCGAAAUAGGCCCCUCAACUUGGCAAUUAUUUUUGUUUUUUAUUGACACUGUUCUUAGAUUCUAAUAUGGUUUUUUUUAUUUCA